AUGGAAGGGGCCGAGCCCCUAGCGCCACGAGCCGAGUUAGAGCUCUCGGUGCUCGAGGCGCAGCCGGACGAGCAGACGCCGCUCAACGGAGCGGUCCACGUGGCGCCCGCUCCCGCCGAGGAGCCCUGCCCGGCGCCGACUACCAAGGAAAGCCCCUGGAGCUCUUGCAAUAAGAAUUUGUUUGGAAGGUGUAAGCUGUGGAUGGUCAUCACCUCUAUUUUCCUAGGUCUCAUCAUAAUGAUCAUCGUAAGUUUAUGUCUAAUGACAGUAACUUACGUUGACGAAGAUGAAAAUGAAAUACUUGAAUUAUCAUCAAAUAAAACAUUCUUCGUCAUGCUAAAGAUUCCGGAGGAGUGUGUUACGGAGCAGGAGUUGCCUCACCUGCUCACUCAAAGGCUCACAGAUGUGUACAGUUCAUCACCCUCUCUGAGUCGUUAUUUUACUUCCGUUGAAAAAGUGGACUUCAGUGGUGAAAAUGCCACAGCAAUCUACCACCUGCAGUUUGGGGUUCCAUCAGAUGAUGACAACUUUAUGAAGUACAUGAUGAGUGAGGAGUUGGUGCUGGGCCUUUUGCUACAAGAUUUCCAUGAUCAGAACCUACCUGGUUGUGAGAAUCUGGGACUCGAUCCAGCAUCCCUCCUGCUCUACGACCAUUCAUUCAUUCAUUCAUCCACUCAGCCCGUGUUGUUUCUGUAUGGAGAUGUUUCACUCUCUGUGGAGGUUCCGGAAUCCCUGCCCUCCAUAAGCAGUCCUCUGACUCUACACCCAGUAAAAUAACUCCUGAGCGCUGCCCCAGCUGGUUCCAGUCUCAAAGGAAGGAAGCCAGAUGGGGCAGGGGUGAUAGGGUCAGCAGGUGCCCCCUGCUGUGGGAGUUCACUGCUAUUCUUGAAGCACUAA